UGGGCCCCGUCCUCUGGUCGCACGGGGGUGUGCUCCCCCUUGGGACGCCGCAGGUGCUGGUGUCUACACGCGCGGCCUGUCUUGCCCGUGCAGAGCCCACAUCCAGGCCCGGGAAGGCCCCGGGCACUCGGGUUGGCUGGCGGUCGGACCCUGUUGCCUCUGCGGCGGGUUCCGGCGUGUCACAGGAGGGCUGGUAAACCGGAGCUCCAGACCAGUCAGUUGAACGAGGUUUAGAGUGUCACACCACAGAGACCAGAGGAGAAUAACCCAUCCUUUUCAUCAGGCAGUGCCCUCUCCAGGUCUCCCUUUAUGUCGUGCAAGCAGCUGGGAUCUAGUUUUCACAGAGCUGCGUCUCUGGGUUUGCUGUUGGGCAGAGGAUUUGGGUGUGGGCAUACUGUACCCCAUUAUACUUCAUUCCCAUCUGGGAUUUUAGCAGGAUUUGCAUCUUCAUAUUUUCCCCUUUUUUGUCUCCUCCAACAACGUUUUUUUCACCCUUGAACAGAGGGCAGAUUUAACCAUCCUCCCACCAUGGGUACCCUGGGUGAUUGGCUGAUCUCUGAACAAACCCUUAAGCUUUUGUUGGAGAAGGCUCUCUUCUGCAUGGCAGGGCAGUCGCCCGAGGCCUGGGCUAAAAUGUUUGACAUGGUAAAUUGAAGCUGUUAAAAAACACAAACAUUUCCAGUCCCAGCACGUCUGAGGGGGCCUGGGUGGGUCAGGCUGAGUUCUUCACAUGGGUUGUUCCCAUUCUGUUUGUGAACAGAUAGGUCAGGAGCUGCAUGUUUAAGCAGAACUGGCAGGUUUGCAGGGUGUGACUCCUGCCUUGGGACAGACUGUGGCUGAUGCUCUUCCCUCAUUUUUCUUAUCACAGAACCUGAAGGCAAACAAAGAAAGCGAUAACGCCUUUGUGAUCCUGCCGGUGGAGACACACGUGUCAGAAGAGAGUGUGCAAGGAAGCAGUCUGUCCCUCCAGCCAAGCUGCGUGGGCCCACAUCUCUUCUCCAACAUCUGCAGCAUUAAAUGUGUCAAGCCUGAAAUUUUCAUUGUCCUCUGAGCCCUGGAAGAACUUAGAGGAGGUUCUCAAGGUCUCUCGUGCUGCCUUUUCCAAUGGUGGUGGGUGAAGUGAGCAGCAAGGCCUUUCAGCAAGCAGCCAUCCAGGCUGGAAGGAGCGCUUGCAGUCAGGUUCAUGGUGGGAUGGCCACUCUAGGGCUGGUGAAAAUCCAGGGUGGAUGUGAUCUAAGCAUCUCCGUGAGAUGGGGGUGGAUCUCUGAAAGACUGGAGGGUGGUCAGAUGGUGUUACAACAGGAGUCACGUUGGCACUGUUAGAAGUGGCAGAAAGUGAUUUCAGUCAGUGCUGUCCUUGCAGAGACUGAGUAACCACACGGAGCAGGUGAGCCUGGAAGAACUGCACCUUUGGACAGCACACACAUGGUCCCCAGGAGUAGGCUUCAGCGUGCAGCUGUCACCUCCUAUGGAUACAAACUGCAGUGCCUCAGGAUCCAGGUGAUGCAGAUUGCCAGGGAGAGGGACAAGGCGAGGCUGGACUUGGAGAACGUGGAGAGACGCUGCCUGCAGCUUGGCAGGGAGUUGGACAAGCAGUACGUCGCUCUCGAGGUCACCCAGAGCAAGCUCAAGGAUGUUCAUGCAGAAAUAGAGGCAAAAGAGCUGCUUUUGCAGCAAGCAGUCAAUCACCAAAUGAAGCUGGAGGCUGAUACACAGUUCCUCCAGGGCAAAGAGGCCAGCCUUCAAGGGAGACUGGACCACACAAUGAAGGAGAACACUCAGCUGCAAAACAAGGUCAGGGAGAUGGCUGAGAAACUGGCGGCCUCUGAGGAGCUGGUGUUGGAUCUGCAGAAGGAACUCAGCUGCCGUGUGAAGGACAAGCUGGGCCAGGUGGAGCCCGAGAGCCUAGAGCUCCUGAACCAGAGCGAGAGCUUUGCAGAGAUUGUCCAGGAGUACGAGCAGCAGUGCCAGGUGCUGUGGGACCAGAAUGGAAUGCUGCAGAGGGAGCUGGAAAGGCUGCGUCUCCAGCUACAGGAGAGCAGGGCUGAGUGGGGGCUGCCAGCAGGAGGCUUGCCCUCAAAGGGCUCCUCUCUGCCAGUGUGCUGCUCUCCCAGCCCUUUGGUUCCCACUUCUGCGUGCACAGAGAUGCCACUCUCAAUGGAGCAGCUCCAAGAGCAGCUGCAGGAUAUGAAGUUACAGCUGGAAACCAAGAUAAACUAUUAUGAGGAGGAAAUCAAGUUAAUGAGGGAAAACUUUGAGAGAGAGAGGAAGGACAGUGAGGAAAGCUUCAAGGCUGAGAUGGACAAAAUGGAAGACCAGAAAAGAGACCUACAAGAAACAAUUGCGAAGUACUGGGCUGUAAUUGGUAGCAUGAAACAGCAAAAAUGUGCGUGGAGCCUACAGCUGGAGGAGAGCUUUGAGAUGGAGCAGGCUAGAGUGGGACAACAGCACCCUGAAGAUAUUUACCAUCCAGGGCAGCAGCUGGGCCAGCAGGGAGAAGAGCAGAGGACGCACCGCAGGGGCAGAAACAACCUGAGGGGAGAGCUGUGCUGGCUGCUGGAGGAGAACAGCUUGCUGAAAAGUCAACUUGAGAGACUCCAGCAAGAGCUGAGGCUAGCAAAGGAGAAGGGCACUGAACACAAAGAGAAGCACACCAGUGAGUUGGGCAGAGAGAAGGUGGAGGAGCUGGCUGAAAUAGCAGAGUUAAAAGCAUCGAGUGAGAAGAACAAGGGGGAGGUCUCCCACCUGAAUGUGAAGAUGCAUCAGCUGGGCUGUGAACUCAAUGAGCACACAGGCAGCCAUGGGACUGGCUGUGGCACUGUCCAGCUGCAGAGCCAGAGGCUUAUGGAGGCUGAGUGGCCACGAGGAGCAGAGACAGCCACAAGGUUGGAGCACCACCAGCACCAUGCAGCACACUGGAUGGAGACAGAGCUGCUCCGUCAGCAACUCAAGGCCUCACAGGACAAGCUCUUGGAAGCCAAGGCAAGCCUGAGCCUGGCCCAGACUCAGCAUGCUCUGCAGUUGAAGCAGGCCAAGGCCCAGAUGAACAACAUGGUGCCAAAGAAACAGUUUGAGCAGCUGCAAAAGAGCUUGAGACAGGAACAGUGCAAGGCUCAGCAGCUCCAGGAAAACAUCCACCUGCAGGCUGAGCAGACAUGCAGGCAGCUGGUCAGGACCCAGGAGGAACAUGAGCGUCUGCUGCAGGCAGCUGUAGAGCAGGCAGAGGGACUGGAGCACAAUCUGAGGAGUGCUGAAGCUGCACUGGCAGAGAGGGUAGCUCAGCUCAAAGAUGCCCAGGCCCAGCUCUCCCGGAACAAACUGCUGAUUGAAGACCUCCGUGAGGAGAAUAGGGGGCUUGCAGUGGCCCUGCAGGUGGCUGAGCUGAAGCGGAAGAGCAUGGAGGAGAAGAAUCAGCUGUUGGAGGAGCAAGCCUCAGCUCUGAAGCAGCUAAUUGGAAAAAUCACGCCAGCAUCUCUGAAUGGGUGAUGGGGCACCCACUGUGGCAGCCCUGCCUCUGGCCAGUGUCUGUGCGGUAUAGAAAGGGAGGUAGAGCUGGGCUGGGAAAUCAGCCUUGUCCUCCCUGGUCUUGCCAGGAUUUUCCUGGGUAGAAAGUCGAAAAUGGAGAAACCAGAGUCCUUUCAGGAAGUUGGUUCUGUGGAUAGCUGAAUGUUUCUACUGAAAGCACUAAUUUUGGUGCUUUUCAUAGUGGCCAGAGAGUGCUGUUUGAAGUCAGGUCUGUCUCAGGGCAGCCAUCCCUGCAUUGCAACAUAAGCCUGCACCCUGGCAGCAUGUUUGGUGGUGGUGUGGAUGUUCCUUCUCUGCAGAGGGUUGCUGAUGGGGCCAUGCUGUUAUGGCUGGAAAGCCAGGGCAGGAGGGCUUGCAGGUUCCUGUGUCUGGAAAGCUGUGGCAUUAAAAUGUUUGCAUUUGGCACCUCC